AUGUACGUCCUUCUCGUCGCUUUUAUCGGAUGCUUGGAAGUUCACUACGGCACAUUCUCACACAAGAAACUCCACUAUAACAAUAUUCCGGUUUCAACAACUACUACACUUGCAUCGACAACAACUACUGCAGAUACAACAUCAUCAUCUAGAGCAACAACUACUACAGAUAGAACUACUACUCCUAGCUCUACUACUACUGAUAUUCUUGAUUCAACAACUACCACAACUGCAUCGACAACAACUACUGCCGCUACAACAUCAAAAAGUACUCCUUCUACAAUGACUACUACUCUGCAAACAACUACACUUCCUCCAACAACAACUACUACGCUUCCAUCCACAACAACAACAACUAUUGAUGCAACAACAACUACACUUGCAUCGACAACAACUGUAGCAGAUACAACCACAACAACCUCUGGUACAACAACUACAACAGAUGUUCCUGAUUCAACAACUACUACACUUGCACCGACAACAACUACAGCCGCUACAACAUCAACAACGACUACUACUCUGCAAACAACUACACUUCCUCCAACAACAACUCCUACGCUUCCAUCGACAACAACAACUGUUGAUUCAACAACUACUACAGUUGCACUGACAACAACUACAGCGGCUACAACACCAACAACUACUCCUUAUGCAACGACUACUACUCUGCAAACAACUACACUUUCUCCGACAACAACCACUGUUGAUGCAACAACAACUACACUUGCAUCGACAACAACUGUAGGAGAUACAACAACAACCCCUAGUACAACAACUACAACAGAUAUUCCUGAUUCAACAACUACUACAGCUGCUACAACAUCAACAACUACUUCUUAUACAACGACUACUACUCAACAAACAACUACAGCUCCUCCGACAACAACCACUGUUGAUACGACAUCAUCAUCUAAAACAACAACUACUACACUUCCAUCGACAACAACAACCGUUGAUAAAACAACAACUACACAUUCAUCGACAACAACUAUGGCAGAUACAACAACAACUGCUUUGCAAACAACUACUACAAAUAUUCCAACAACUACUACACUUCCACCGACAACUACACAAGUAUCGACGACAACAACAACUACUGCAAAUACAACAACAACUCCUGACACAACCACUACUACUUUACAAACAACUACAACUGAUAGUCCAACAACAACUACACUUCCACCGACAACAAAUACAAUCGAUACUACAACUACUAUUGAUAUAACGACUACUACUACUACCACAACAUUUCAAACAUCUACCGGUACCGCUGUACCUGAUUCGACAACUACUACACUUGCUCCAACAACAACAACAGCAACAUUUCAAACUUGUGUUCCUUGUGACACCAACAUAACUCUAUCGACAACCACAGUGAGGUACACAACACCAGACGAUGAUCUCACACCAAAGCCCCCAGUAUCGUGUUCUUUAUGUAGAUCUCGCAUAGAACCACGAAAUAGUACUCAACACGAACGACGAAAUCAAUGUGCGUUUGUGUACAAUACAAAACGUACUUAUCCAGGAAAUAACAAUACAGAUCUAGCCGAUCUAAUAGUCGUCGAUCCUCCCAACCGAUCAGACCUUUAUCUACCGGAACCUUACUACAACAAACGCGUUCCAGUAGAGCCGAACAAUGUUCCGCCGUCAUGCUGUGGUCGAUCGUAUGGUAAACCACCACACUCGGUAGCACCCUUACCCUGCUAUCCGAAAACGCCACCUCCAAUGCCAUGUACUGAGCCAACAGAACCUCCUUGUCGCACCACAAAACGUCCUUGUUCUACGAUUCAACCAACACGACUGCCUCCGAUUUAUCGACGCUGUUCUAGGCCAACUACCAAACCGCCAACGACGACAACAAGAACUCCAGCAAAGUGUAAUCGACACCAAACUCUUAGUGUUUGUCGACCGUGCUGUGUUCCUACCUGUUACAAUGACUGUAGUAAUGUAAAAUGUUCUAAAAUUUGCAUAGCGGAAUUAACCUGUAUUUGUGCCGCCGGAUAUGUGAAACACGAGGGCAGGUGCAUUCCCAAAGAACAAUGCCCUAGAAACGCUCAACAUCCGGAUUAUCUGAAAGAUUCCAGGGAAGAUGAAAUACAUUUACCUAGAACUGGCUACACACCGUUUUUGCAUAACUCGGACGAAUCGAAUCAAGACUCGUCGUCUGCCGAAGAUUCUGGUCCUAGCGGGCAAGAUUUCGAUUCGGAGUACGACGAUGAUUGCGAUCAACUUAAAAAGUAA